CUGGCUCGGGUCACAUCUUCCCCUAUCCCAACAUCAUCUCGGCUAUCGGCUGCGAUGGAACGCUUCCGUAGCUGACCUGUAUCACAUAUGGGAAUAGUGACGUGUAUCAAACUGCCGCAACCUCGGCCUCGGAUCAAGAUCGCCACCUUGUGUCUUGUCCAUCUCAUCGCAGCAAAGCUACCUCACGGUGCCUGCCGGCGCCGUGCUGGUGCCGAUCGCUCACCAAAAUGUCGCCGGCGCUACCACGUUCCGCAUUUCCUCUAUUGUUCCACCUCAUACGCUCGAGGGACAGUCUCGGCUGUAAGCCAGACACAAUUCGUGGACACUGGUCCUCGGGUCGCUCUUCAACGUGUAACCAGGCAGAACUUAUUGCCUCAUCAAAAUAUUCAACGACGUUGCGUUUUGUGAGAACCAAACGCACUUGCGGCUCUCUGGUCGUACUUCGGUUUGUUAUUACCUCACUCCCUUCUCACUUGACGUUGAGGACGCGCAGUAUCGGCUGGCUGUCGUCUGUUGCACGUCUGCUAUUGCCCGCCACUGGGCACUUGCACCGUACUUGGCCUCGAAAGAACAUUGCGGCAUUCAUUCCUCAAAUUAUUCGGCCUUCCAGCCGCCCAAAGAGAUGCGUCUGCAGGGUCUGCUCAGGUCGCCAGGGGCAGCCAGCCAAUCUUCGGCAACAGGUUUGCUCCAGCAAGUCCAUCUCAUACCAGGAAUGUGCUUGCGAGGACGCCCCGUGGAGACGGAACACAUGGCCACUUGCUAGUGUCCCUUUCCAUGCGGGCGAUGGUCACGGCCACCUACUCGACGUGAAGAGAGUACCUACGAGGUAGUAUUCAAGUAUUCUCGCGCCGAGUCCGCAGAUCUAGAUUCUUCUCCGGAGUCCACGAUAUGCCACCUGCUCCCCCACGCCCGAUAGGGCAAGGACG